UGGAAAGAGAGAGACUGGAUUCCAGCAUUAUUCCUGAUAUUCCUGAUGCGGCGUGGCUCAGAGCUGAGACUGGAGCAACGAUGCACAGCUGACAGCAGCUUCUCGCUCACAUCUGAGGUGGUGAACAUUCAGGACACAUCGAAUCCGACUGCAUCUGUAUUCACAGGACAAAGCAGCAAACACACAUGAACCACUGGAGCAAUCAUCAGCACACCCCAACGGGUUAACGCGACAACUUCUACAGCAGCCUUCUCUGCACACUGCAAACUUAAGUGCAUUACAUCUGAGGCAUUAGGGAUUUGGGGGCUGUGAUAUGAAGAGACAUGCCUGACCGCAGGAUACUGCAGAACCAGGGGAGAUCUGCGUGUGUUUUCUGUCACUUUACAUGUGGAUUACUCUCCUAAUUUGGUCUCACCGAGCACACGCAUGAGGACGGUCCACAACUCAUCGUUACAAUGAAAUUCAGACAGAGGAGAAGCUAGUGAUUCCUGAAGCUCCAUGGGAGCAGCAUUGAGGAGCAGAAGACUCUGAGUCCUCUUGAUUCAGGGAAGAGGUCAGCAGGAUGGUUCCACCGCCUCCCACCAACAAGCCACAUGUUUGUUUAUCCACCAUCAUCAUCAUGAGCAGCAUGGCACUGAUGGAUGCCUACCUGGUGGAGCAGAACCACGGCCCGCGGAAGAUUGGCAUCUGCAUCAUGGUGACGGUGGGAGACCUCUGCUUCCUCAUCGUGCUGCGGUAUGUGGCAGUGUGGGUCGGGGCUGAAGUAAGGAUGGCAAAACGAGGCUACGCCAUGAUACUUUGGUUCCUUUACAUCUUUGUCUUGGAGAUUAAGGUGUAUUUUGUUUACCAGAACUACAAGGCUGACCGUAAGAGCCUCGACGCAUUGGCUCGGAAAGCUCUGACGCUCCUGCUCUCCAUCAGUAUACCCGCGCUUUUCGUGAUCCUGGUCGCCAUCGACCACAUGGAGUAUGUGAAGGCUUUCAAGAAGAAGGAGGAGAUCAGAAACCGUUUGUUCUGGGUGGUGAUGGAUCUGCUGGACGUUCUGGACAUCCAGGCCAACCUAUGGGAGCCACAGAAGAAAGGGCUUCCACUCUGGGCCGAGGGACUGAUGUUUUUCUACUGUUAUAUUCUUCUUUUAGUGCUGCCUUGCGUGUCUCUGAGUGAGAUCAGCAUGCAAGGCACCAACAUCAGUCCUCACAAGAUGAUGCUCUACCCCAUUCUGAGUUUGGUGACUAUUAACGUCAUCACUCUCUUCAUCCGUGGAGGGAAUAUGCUCCUUUAUAAGGACAACAGGGUGUCUGGGAUACUCAUGGCUAAGAACAUCCUCGCCAUUGUUCUGAAGACGUGCAGCUUUGUGCAGUACAGGAGACAGUUGAAGAGCGCCCCACCUGGGUUUGGAGUGGAAUUACAGAAGAACUCUGUGGCAUUGGGUCGAUCUGGUCAGACUCCUCCACAGGGGGUGCUGCAGGAGCAAACACCGCUUCCCGAGGUCACCAGGUGUGAACAUACGUGACCCAGAAUCUGGAGACUACCAGCACAAGGAAACACACAUCUCUAAUGAAACAAUGUGGAUGUAAGCUUUUACAACAUUUUGCUAGCUUCAUUAUUUUCAUCCGAGAGAAAUGUAAGUGGAGAAUAAUGGUAUGACAGUAGUCAAUAAUUGCAUAAUGCUAAACUUCCUUCCUGACAAUUACAUUUACUUUGCAUACUAUGCCAGUUUGUAAAGAUAAAUGAAAUAAAAAUGAAAAAAGAACAAAAAAACACUAAAGCAACAAAUGUCCUUUUAGUAGAAAAAUGGGGAAAGAAUUUUUUUUCAAUUUGAUGCUUUGAUAAAGAGUUGUGUACAUAUCUGCGUUGUGUGUUUGUUACAGCAUGUUUUACUCAGGUCAGACACUGAUUAGACUGAAGAUAGAGUAUGUCUCAUUUCCUAAUUACAAUUCUGAUGAGUUGGAUUUUAAUUUUAAUCUCUUCAUUUUAUUCUCCAGUUAGCUGCUAUUUAAUUGCAAAUGUAGUUCCUUCUUGCCAACACCAUUUAUCUGAAAAAGCCCUUUUAACACCUUGCCCAACCUACUUAGUUUUCAAUGAUUUAAAUGUUCAAUGAAAGAAGAAAAAACUAUUGUAGUAUUCUACGGUUUCAGAUUGUUUAAUUUUAUCAUGUUCGAUGUUAGUUAAUAAUUAACAGAAUGAAUGUAGUGCUGUGUUAAUGACUUCCAACAGAUAAAGAAAACUCACUGCCCUAACAAGCCUAUAACUGCUCAUGCAUUUGCUUACCUGACACAUAAUGAAUGAAGCUGACAGAGAUUCACUUUAACAGAAUCCUGCUAAACUGAAGCGUCUCAGAACACUGUUAAAGUUGCAAAGUCCUAGAAGAGAGAAAAACGUUACCGCGGAGUCACUUCAAAGUCUAUGUGAAACAGCAUUCAUGCCUCUUUAUUCCUUCAUGAUCUGACGCUUUUUGUUAUUUUAUCUAUGAGUAAUUGAAAGCAGGAAUGUUUUAAAUAAUUUAGUAAAUUUAGAUUCCAUGUUUACUUUAAGCAUUUGAUUGACAAAGCUUUGGUGUUGACUUGUAUUUGUCUUUGUAUUUCUCUCGUAUUGGUGUAUGUGCAUGUUUCUUCAUCAUUCCCACAAAAGCAGGAUGUUCAGUGGUGGUAAUAUUCUCAGGUUAUAUUUGUAACCACUAAAAUAAAUGAUGACUGAGACUUCUUA